CUCGGCAGGCUCCGCGUGGUGCGCGCGCAGCGCCAUCCGGCGCACCACCCGGCGGCUCCACCCAGCCCAAGGGGCGCGGCCCGGGUGGGAGGCGGCGAGAGCGCGAGCAACACUGGCGUCUCCGUGGCGCGGCAGGAUUCACAGAUGGAGUCAGUGGAAAAGACAACGAACAGAAGUGAACAGAAAUGCAGAAAGUUUUUAAAGAGCCUCAUUAGGAAGCAACCCCAGGACCUGCUCUUGGUCAUUGGGACCGGCGUGAGCGCAGCGGUGGCCCCAGGUAUCCGGGCUCUCUGCUCUUGGAGGAGCUGCAUCGAGGCCGUCAUCGAGGCUGCAGAGCAGCUGGAGGUUCUGCACCCUGGGGACGUGGCAGAGUUCCGGAGGAAGGUGAUGAAGGACCGGGACCUGCUGGUUGUGGCCCAUGAUCUGAUCCGGAAGAUGUCACCUCGCACAGGCGACACCAAGCCCAACUUCUUCCAGGAUUGCCUGAUGGAAGUUUUUGACAGCUUGGAGCAGCAUAUCCAGAACCCUGUGGUGCUGCAGUCAAUCCUCAGCCUGAUGGACAGAGGCACCAUGGUGCUGACCACGAACUAUGACAACCUGCUGGAGAUCUUUGGGCAGCAGCAGAGCAAGCCCAUGGAGUCCCUGGACUUGAAGGACAAGACGAAGGUCCUUCAAUGGGCAAGAGGCCAUAUCAAGUAUGGAGUCCUUCAUAUUCAUGGCUUGUACACGGACCCCUGUGGGAUGGUGCUGGAUCCAUCGGGCUAUAAAGAUGUCACUCAAGAUGCAGAAGUAAUGGAAGUCCUGCAAAAUCUCUACCGUACCAAAUCAUUCCUGUUCGUGGGCUGCGGAGAGACACUGCGUGACCAGAUAUUCCAAGCGCUCUUCUUGUACUCUGUGCCAAAUAAGGUGGACUUAGAGCACUACAUGGUAGUGCUCAAGGAAAAUGAAGACCAUUUCUUUAAGCAUCAGGCAGAUAUGCUUUUGCAUGGAAUUAAAGUAGUGUCCUAUGGGGACUGUUUUGAACUUUUCCCAGGAUAUGUGCAAGACCUCGCCACUCAGAUCUGCAAACAGCGAAGUCCAGGUGCGGAGUUCUGUCAUUACUUUCCAAGCAGAAAUCAUGGGUUCUUCCUUUAGCUGUUCCACCUUGUAUUCUAUAAGAUUUACCAAUCUAGUUAAUUUUUAAUCCUUCUGAGUUUAAAAGUAGAAAAUGGAGUGAUUGGUAUAGGUAACAAUCUGUAAGUAGAACUUGAGAACUUGCUUCAAACGUGGGACACAGUGAUCCGAAUUACAGGUUACUGUAGCCAAGAAAAGCCAUCAGAUCAGUGUUACUGACUGUGAUAGUGUGUUGGAAAGUUUAUGAGGCUUCCAUUUUUUCCCUCUCACUGCACAUCUCUCUGGGGUGUGAAGCAUCUCAUUUCUGCUCUUUGGCCUUUCUUGGGAGGGGGAGGGUGUCACAGCUUUGCCAGGAAAGACCAGAUAGUGAGAAAUGCUGAUGAGUCACUUUUACACAAGGGAAUUAAUGGCUUUGACUUCAGUGUCAUAAAACAUGAGUGAUAGCAAGCGUGGAAAGUUCUGUAUUGACUGGCUUUUUGUGGUGACAGGGAACCUAGAUGCUCACCAGGGGUGGAAUGAGGUUAGCACCAGUGAGAGACAGACACAGUAGAGCAACCAUGAGUUUCCCAUACUUUAGCUGCUAAUAAUUAGUAGAUGAUUUAAAUCAUGAGUAGCUGUGUAACAAGAUAGUAGUCAGUUUCUUACUGGGAGUGGGAACAGAGAAUUCAUGUCAUAGAGCCAUGCCAUGAACAAUAACACUUUAUUAUCUUCUUUGAGGCAAGAGUCUCACUAUGGAUCUCUGACUGUCCUAGAACUCACUAUGUAGAUCAUGCUGGCCUGGAACUCAUAAAGACCUGUUUGCCUCUGCCUCCCAUGUGCUGGGAAUAGUAGCCUGCAUACCAAGUUCCACUGCCCUUAGUUUUUAAUUCGGUGCUUGUGUUAUUUAGGUGAUUUUAGAGAUAUCAGCCGAGAGGGGUGAACAUUUGCCCUGUGUGUGCCAGAACUUUGAAGUUAGGAUUUGAUCCUGGACUAACAUGUACAAAGAUGUCUUGGUACCAGAUGUGGGCAUGGAUCUUCCAAGACCUCCCUCUUCUGAGAUCUCCCAGCUCUUUCUUGUCCAUAAUCAUGACUCCCUGGGAGCCCAGCAUCCAGCCAUUGAGUGUGGGUACCUAGAGGAAGCAAUUGAACCACUGAUGCUCCUUUUCCGGGACCGGGCAGCUACCAGAAGAGUAAAAAGUCAUUGAGGCUUUCAUCUGUGCCUGUCUUGAAGGACAUCUGAGUUUCUUUUCUCUCUUGAUGGGCAAGGAUGCCUACUGGCUGAAAGUGGCAUUAGCUGUUGUGAUGUGUGCCUCACUGUGUCUAUAGUCCCAGCAGCUUCCCAUGCCACUCAGUGAGUUCUGGCAUCUAUCCUGCCAGGUGAAGAAGGGAGAGAGACAGGCAGGGAUCCAUGGUAUCCAAUCCAUAGAAGCCUGGCCAAAUCAGUGGAUGGCCUCAGGGUAGUCUUUGCCAAUCAUUCUAGGCCUGGGGAGGAUGAAUACUCCAAGCUGUGACUCCACUGACUAUUUCUUUUUUUUCUCAGAUGCUGAGCGAGUAGACAGUACCACCUUACUGGGUAAAGCAGAUCUUGACUUUUCUCACCUGAUUUUUGCUUGCAUGUUCUAUUCAUCACCAUGAAAAUGUACCUUACAUUCAAUAAUUUGCCUUAUUAAAUAGGACAGAAAGGACAGAUACCUCUACCUUUAGAUGGUCCCCACUACGGUAAAGGCACAAAAGUCCAUCCCCUCCACUGGGAAGCACAGCCUAGUCAUGGACUGUCUGCUGACAGCAGAGAAUAAAUUCUGCCCUAGAACCAAGAGUCACAGGAAAUAAGAGAAAUGUUCUAUUUGUAUUAUGCUAUCAGUAAAGGAUCCAGUAAUCUAGGGUAACCUGUUCGUUAGCAGUGUGUGAACUUCUAUAUAAUUUUUUCUUUUAAUACUUUUUUGAAGUGUGAACACUCUUGCUGAGUUUGUAAAAUUGAUGUUUCAACAGCUACCAGCAUCUUCCAGAGGGCAAAUUAACCAGGUGUCUCUACUGCCUGAGUCAGUCAGGCUAAAAGGGGUUCCAGUCAGUGAGCAGGAGCUCUAGUCAGCCCUGACAUUGCUGCCUGUUGGGCCAGUGUGUCCAGACAGACAGAGUGUGGCAGUGUAGGGACAGCUAGUGCCAGUCUGAGUCAGUGGUGGGAGUCUUGACUCAGUCCAGGAGUGGGAAGAACUAUAUUCUGCUUUCCGUGUCUGCAUAAAAGGAUAUUUUUGCUGUAGUUUAGAUAUGAUUCCCAGAAUCUUUGAAAGCAGCAGUAACUCAGUUGAUAAAACAUGCAGUGCUCUGCAGGGAAACCCUGGCCAGUGCCCAAUAAAGUCAGGUUCAGAAGCUGGCUCCUGGAAGUAGAUUCUAUGAUAGUGGGUCAGCCUGAGGAGGCUUUCCAUCACAGUGACAAAAUACUUUAGAAAACGAAAGGACUCACUAGGUUUCAGCAGGUGGUCACAUGGCUCUCUUCCUAUGCAUAAUAAGACAGAGCAGAGUACAGAGAAGAGGCCAGGGACAAGACAUGCCUUUCAAAUACAUGCUCCCAGUGCCCCGCCCCCCGUUCUCCAAUCAAAUCUUUCUUACAGCCCAUUCAGUACAGACUCAGUGUGAGUUACAUGCUGUGCUGUAUAGUGAGAAUGUUUGGUUGUUGGAAUUGGUUGUUUGAAUAAGAGAUCUCCCCUAAAUCCUAGGCAUUUGAACAUUCGAUCUCCAGCUGCUGGUGGUGGUGUUUUGGGAGGCUUGGGAAGUGUGGCCUUGCUAGAAGUAUGCUGCACUUCCUGGCACAAGGUACAAGCUGACCCAAAUGGUUUAGGUAGAUCUAUCCCAUGGCCUUGUCAGCUACAGUUCAUAUGGCCUCUCCUGGGCUGGGUCUGCUUGUUGCCGGCAGGCUUCCUAGAUAUUUCAUAUUCCUGUGCCAAUUGGAGCUUGCAUCAUAGCUCUGCCUUUGCUGAGCUUCAUGCUUCUGCUGUCAGUUCUAAGGGACCCUAACCCUUUCAUAUUGUUUGGCCCCUCUGGAUUCCUUAUGAGAUUUGGGUAGAAGCCUCCAAGACUCUGCAACUCAUGUGUCUGCAAAACCAGAGCAGAAGCACUGUUGAGAGCAGGAGCAGUGCCUGCAUCCAGCUGGCAUGACUGCGUGGGUGGGUGAAGCUUACCUAGCCAUCCCUAAGCAAACAGCCCUAGAACUCAUGAAACAAAGCUCAAGUUGUGAUUUUACCCCCUUGAGCCUGUGGCUGAAAGCCCUAGCUAAUUUCUGAGGUCUUCAAGGCUUCUUGAAGUAUGGGGCUUGCUUUUCAUGGUGCUAAUCCUAAUUGGCAGCCACACCUUCCUUAAUCCUAACCUCAAGUAUCCUACUUUUCCGGCCAAACUGCAAAGUUCUCCAGUUCUUUUCUGGUUUUUGCUUUAACUCUCACUGUGAAGCUGGCUAAAAGCAGCUAGUAACACCCAUGCCUCAGCAUGACUACUAUGCAGCCUUGCAGUUUUCAUCACCAGAUUAGUCUGUCAUUUUAAAAUUUAGCCUCAUACAAGUCUCAGGGUGGUGCUACAGAGAUGGCUCAGUGGUUAUGAGAGAGCACUGAAAGUUCUUCCAGAGGACCCGGGUUCAAUUCUCAGCACCCAAAUGGCAGCUCACAACUGUAACUUCGAGAUCUGAUACCCUUACCUAGACAUAUAUUUGGGCAAAAUACCAAUGCACAUAAAAAAACAUUUAAAAAGUGUCAGGACACAGACAAAGUGUAGGCUUUUAAUUAACUAAAUAUUCUAGAAUGUAAAAUGAAUGGCCUCUAGUCUGACCCCUGGAGCCUUCACUUUCACCUAAUCUAGUGAGCAGUCCUAUUCUUUGCCUUCCCAUCAGCAUCCUGGGCUUCUGAUCACUCAGCAUUUCUAAGCUUGUCCUAACAUGCUUCUCUAAACUGCUAUAAAUUACUCCUGCACACUAGUUCACACUAGUUUUUGGAGCACAUACUCACAUAGUCAUUUUUGCACCAGUUCUCUACUGACCUUUCUGUGACAAAUUACUAGAGAAAAAGCAACUUAAAAUAGAUACUUGGCUCUGAGGCUUGAGUCGGUGGUCACCUGGCUCCACUGUUUCUGGACCUGUGACAAGACAGAGAUGUGCUGCUCACAUCAGCAUAACAAGAGUGAGAGGAGGAGAGUGGGUGUAAAGAUGAAGGUCUAUUCAAGGACACUGAGUAGUCCUGAGUGACUGACUUCUUCCAACCAGGCUUUACUUUCCAGGAAUAGCUUGGAUUAGGUCAGAGCCCCCAAGAUCUAAUCACUACCCCCAACAGCUUAGCUUUGGGUUCUGUAUUAGGGCCUUUAACUCGUAAGGUUUUAAGUAACAUACAUACAAAGUAGGCAAACUAUAUCUUCACUUAUUAUGGACAAUUUGAAGGAUACACAAGGAGAGUAAAUAAAU